AUAUUCACAGGGUGUCAAAAGAUCUAGAAGCGGGACAGGAGAUGAAAUCAAGAAUAUUGGUGAUUAAAGCAGCUGCAGACUGUGCCCUCCAGUACAUGAACUUCAUGAAUGUCAUUUUUGCUGCUCAGAAGCAGAAUAUCCUGAUAGAUGCCUGUGUGUUGGACUCAGAGUCAGGCCUUCUCCAGCAGGCUUGCGAUAUAACUGGAGGAUUGUACCUGAAGAUCCCACAGAAACUCGCCCUUGCUCAGUACCUCUUGUGGGUGUUCCUGCCCGACUCGGAGCAGCGCUCACAGCUGGUGCUGCCGCCGCCUGCACACGUGGACUACAGAGCCGCGUGCUUUUGUCAUCGUAACCUCAUUGAGAUCGGUUACGUGUGCUCGGUUUGUCUAUCAAUAUUCUGCAACUUCAGCCCGAUCUGUACAACCUGCGAGACUGCCUUCAAAAUCCAGCUACCCCAGAUGGUCAAGCCCAAGAAGAAGAAGCUGAAGCAGGCCACAUGACGUUCUCUGGGAUCAAACUCGUGUUGUAAAUAAAGUUUGUUUACUUUUUAAAACUUGGA